AUGGCUCAAUAUGAGAAGUUGAGGGACUAUGGUGAAGAACUUCUUAGAUCCAAUCCAGGGUCUACAGUGAGGAUUGAUGUGGAACCACUGUGUAAUCCGUCUAGUCCCACUAGACAAUUUAGGAGGAUGUACGUAUGCUUAGGUGCACUGAAGCAAGGGUUCAAGCUAGCUGGAAGACCACUGUUGGGCCUUGAUGGUUGUUUUUUGAAAGGGCCCUUUCCUGGGCAGCUUUUGAUGGCAGUGGGAGUAGAUGCUAACAAUGGGAUUUACCCAGUUGCAUACGCAGUUGUUGAGGCUGAGACUAUGUCUUCUUGGACUUGGUUUCUUAAGUUGUUGGGUCAAGACUUUGAUAUUGAUGCUAACAGUUACUUCUGUUUCAUAAGUGACAGGCAAAAGGGUUUGAUACCUGCUGUGUCUAAGGUAUUUCCAAGGUGUGAGCAUAGGUUCUGCCUUAGACAUAUACAUGAAAAUAUGAAGCCAAGAUGGAAAGGUGAACUGUACAAGAACUUGUUGUGGAAUUGUGCUGCUGCUACAACCAUACAGGCCUUCGAAAAGGGCAUGAACACUAUUAAAGAUGAAGACAAGGCACUGCACGACUGGUUAAAAGAGAUUCCAGCCAAAAAUUGGUGUAGGGCAUACUUUUCUGGCUUGGCUAAGUGUGACAUUUUGUUGAACAAUAUCUGUGAAGUUUUCAACAGUCAACUUAUACAGGGGAGGGACAAACCUAUAAUAACCAGCCUAGAGUUUAUUAGGGAAUAUCUUAUGAAAAAGCAUGUUGUUGUGCAGAAGCUGAUAGCCAAAUGUCAGGGUCCAUUAACACCAACUGCUACUAAAGUUUUUGAGAAGAUAAAGAGUGAUGCUGUUCAUUACAGUGUGAUUUGGACUGGAGGUUCAAAGUACCAAGUGACCACCCAUUUCAAUGAUCACCAAGACCAGAGAAUUGUUAAUGUUGAUGAUAGGAGUUGCUCUUGCAGGGGAUGGGAUGUCACUGGCAUGCCAUGUAGGCAUGCAGUGGCCUGCAUAUGGAAUAUGGGGUUACAUGGAAGAGGUGAUGGUGUUCCAGAAAGAUGGGUGGAUAGGGCAUACUGGUUACAGACAUGGAAGGAUGUGUAUGCAUGUCUCAUUGACCCAAUUAAUGGCAUGGACAUGUGGCCAAAAUCUGCAUGCCCAACUACAUUAGUUGCUCCAAAGUAUCAUGCCCAGGUUGGGAGACCAAAAAAGAAGAGAAAGAAGUCUGUAGUGGAAAUAGAUGAGUUGAAGGGCAAAAAGAAGCCAUUAGAAGCCGAAGUUGAAAAGUUAAGCGAACAGAUACCAACUACUGGAAAAAUGCCAAGGAAGGGCAACUCGUUGACUUGUAAGCUUUGCAAGGAGAAAGGCCAUAACAAGAGGACUUGUAGAAACAAGCCAGGUGUUGGUCAGUCACAGCAGUCGGAGCAUGUCCCUUAG